AUGUCUGAAUACGACUUCUCACUCUGUGCGCACAACUGGUCUCUUGCAAGAUAUCUUGGUUUCCCCGUACCAUCGCCCACUUCCGUGUCGCCUCCUCGAUUUGAUGAGGAGAUGUCUGAUUCUGGCCCGACCUCAACACCUCCAGCCAAAAGAUCUGUCCGAACCCCGGCAUCCAGCCCAACGUCCCGGCGUAAACGUCAGAAGCUAUCCCGGGCAGAAAAUACUCCAACCUCCACAACUGCUAAUUACAAGUCGCCUGAUUAUAUCCGUGAAUUGAUAGCGAGAGGUGUACGAAAAUCCAAUGAAAAGCCAACAGAAUACAAAAUGAUGGUAGGACAACUCGAAAGCCGUCCAGCGAAUUGGCAGGAUCUUCCCAGCAGAACCCUGGAUUCCUUUAACGAGAUCAUUGGGACUAUCGGAAAUGAGGGCAGUAUUCAUGGGGGCAUCAUCCCCCUCUUGAUGGACAACAUUGGGUUGACAUUAAACCCAGAAACACUGGCUGUAAUGGACAUACCAUUUACCAAACAGUGUCAGCUCCCUAUCCAAGUUCCACUCCACGAAAACUCCAAGAGCAUCCCAGCUCCGUACCCUGACAUCUCUGUUGGUCUCCGUCGAAGCCAGUUCAUGCGUUAUGAACCUGCCCUUCACCACCUCAACCACAUUGCUUCACCUAUUCCAAAGAUUCCCGAGCUUGUAUUCCCUUGCUUUGCUAUUGAGGCGAAAGGUGACAGUGGAGGCAUGGACGCAGAAACCCAGAACCGGCACAACACAGCGAAUAUGCUAUUCAACCUCAGACAGCUUUCGGUUCUCGCAAACGGCGAAGAAGCUACGCACCUCUCAUUUGACGGAGUUAUCAAAGCCUGUUCGGCCACGAUAACUCAACAGGCAAUCACCAUCUUUUGUCACUGGGUUGGGCAGGACGAGGAAACACAUAAGCUGGUAUUCUACUCGUGUUCGGUGAAAUCUGUCGCUUUUGGUGCAACAUCACAUCAGGAUUGGAAUCGCGCCUCGAUGUACUUGCAGAAUGCCAUUUCCUUCACGGUCCAGAAGACAAUGAGCCAAGUCAAGGAGGACUUGCCAAGAUGGAACAAGGAAAUAUUCCGACAAAUUCGGUUGAAAGAAGAGAAUCAAGACCAGGAUGCAAUACCUACCACAACUCCUUCAAGCCCCAAAUGCAGCCAUCAGGAAAACAAGGAAUAA